CACCGCCUCUCAUCACCGCUCAAUCCGAUAAGUCAAUACUUCCAACCUAACGAACCAGUACAUCCCCAUCAUCGUGACGGUUAGAGCAACACCAGAGCAACACCCCCGAACAGCGUCCGAUAGGGCACCGACCAGCGAAUCCGACGCCCAAAGCGCGCUGUCACUUAUGAUGAUACCCUAUACUUACAUACCAGGCGCCAGAGACCAGACACACAGUUCACCACCCAUACCAUAGCAGACAAGCAAGUUCAUACACACACAUACCACACAUACCAUAUCACACACACACGCCUCACCGCACAAACAGUACACCCCUCCCAAGUCACCGCCUCUUCCCUCGCGACACCUCACACCCAUACACCACCCUACACCAGCGAACCUACGAUGCACUUAGAGUCAGACGUGCGCAUUUACGGUGAGGAGAGUACAGGACAACAGGCAAGACGCGACAACAGGACAACGAACGAUAAGAAACACCCCUCAGCUCCUAUUGUCGUCAUAUCCACCGUCCCUACAUCCCCGCUCCAUCCAUCAACAGCUGAACAAUCUCACAAACUUGACUCACUCGAGUCAUUCCCCUCCAUCUCAUCAUCUCGCUGCGUCUUGACUUGCAUCCCCAUCCUCCAUCCCGUCUCCGCGCCUACAUUCCCAUCUUUCAACUCCAAUAUCCCAUCCUCCCAUCCCCCAUCCGGGUCCCUCCCCCCGCGCGCCCACAUCCCGUCUCCGUUUCCGUCGCCCUCGACUCCACCCACACCACACACCACACCAGCGAGUACAGUACGUACCCUAAUCUCCGCUGCACCCAGAUCGCUGGACCAUCUCGAGCUGCAGUAGUCUUAGCGGGCGGUGAACAGACCGCCUCUCCCCCACCUCCCACCC